AUGAGUAAAAUCAUUGAAGACAAGACUCAAGUUAUGUUACAAGCUCGCGAGAGGAAAAUUCAAAAUAACACAAAUUCAGAAUCCAUCGAAUACAAUUUAGAUUACAUUGAGCGUCAUGGGACUACCGUAUUUUAUAACAAGCCUAUAUUGGCCACACACAUAAAACGAACAAUUUGCAUCAAGUGUCAGAACAAAAUUUUUGAAAGCACAUCGAGUGUAUGUGGGUUUUGUGGUAUUGGGUUCAUCUGUUUGGAGUGUUCUAAAAUUGUGAUGUACCACAUGCAAUUUUUGAAUAAAGACAUUGACAUCUAUUGCUGUGAAGAGUGCGAAAAGAAGUAUAUCAACUAUGUCCAAAGACUUAAAGUGAUGAAAGAGAGAAAGAGUGCACAAUCAAGUGCAAUUGCCAUCAUCUUUGAUAAACUUUUUGCGAUGAGAAGAGACUUUUUGGCUUUCAGAACAUCGUUUGAAACAACAAACAAAGAGUUUAUCAAUGUAUAUAACACCGAUCCCGAAUGUAUUAAGAAAAACUUGUUAGUAGAUGUCCUUCAGAACGCAGACUGUUUGAGAAGUGUGUGUGAAGAACUUCGUCUAUUUGAUCACAUAAUCAAAGACAAAAACCAGAAACUUUUAUUAAUGAAAGAUGAAAGAGAAAAUUAUGUGAUGGAGUCAAUAAGUUAUCUCCACGCUAUGACUCUAAUGGACUUGGAAAUCGUCGAAAACGAGUUGAAUGUUUGUUCUAUUGACAUAGAAACACAGAUCAAAUUUUCUGCAUUAGAAUCUUUAAUAAAUAUAAAUACCAAAGUUGUAAAUUCUGAAUACAAAAUCGAGCCAAAAGUAAUUCGAAAAUUGCCUGCCACUAUUAUAAUAACAUCAGAAACGCUAUCUGAAUUAACAAGAGUCUUUAUUAAUGGUGAAGAGUAUUAUUACCGCUCCAAAACAAGCACGACACAGUCUUUUUAUCUUAAGGGAAGUUUUAAAUUCUUUGGAUAUCUUGAGAUUGAAAUUAAAAAUGGUUCCAAAAGUGUUUUUCUAAACAACAGUGUGUUUGUUCUUCUGUAA